AUGGAUACGUUCUUCUAUACAGCCAGUGUUAGUGGAGGCGGUAAAAGCAAAGGCUCAGAAGCCGUGACCCGAAUUCAGCACUGGAUGGCAGUUGUAGUUUUCGCACUGCUCCACUCGAAUUCCGUUUGUCCAGUUCCAGCGUGCUACUUCUUCAAGACAGUCAUCCUCGUGUUCCCACUCCGUCCUCAGAACAUGUCAGCAUUACUCCUCCAAAAUGUCAUUGAACCUAUAACACAAGAAGUUGAAGGGAAUAACAAGAAGAGCCACUUUGGACACAACGUUGAAAAUGAAAUCAAACGUAACAUGACGUCAUCGCAAAACAAACCGCGGGCAGAUCCAGCAGAACGACAGGGGAUAGCCAUGAAGACAGCUGGUGAACCUGUCAACAGACGUAAUCCCCAUCAAUCGACUUGGCAACCCGUCUGUGCCGUGCCCUUCUUGCCGUGGUAUAAGUCUCCCGAGACUGCCCUAAUCAUUUCCUGA